CGAUAGUGGAUUCGUCGUCCACCGCCACCGCCCUCUCGUACCAUAUGAGUGCCAUCGAACACCACCGUGCCACAUCAUCAUUCUCUCGGCUAGGGUUUCUUCAUCUUCCUUCUGCAGCAGCUUCCACCUCUUUGGAUCAUCAGGAGGAGUUCCUCAUGGAGUACACAACAACGCAGUGGCCUCAGGAGCUAGCGUUGGGGAAGGCCAUGGAAGAGUUUGGAUCCGCCGCCGCCGCGCUGAGGCCGGAGACGGCCGAGAUGAGGACUGAUAGGGCUGCCCGGCCGCCGCGGAAGGAGCAGCCGCUGCUUAAGUGCCCCAGGUGCAACUCCGGCAACACCAAGUUCUGCUACUACAACAACUACAGCCUCACCCAGCCGCGCUACUUCUGCAAGGCUUGCCGACGCUACUGGACCGAGGGCGGAUCUCUGCGCAACGUCCCGGUCGGCGGCGGAUCGAGGAAGUACAAGAAAACCUCUUCUUCUUCCUCCUCCUCCUCCGCCGCCGCCUCCGCUGCUGCGAUCAAUACUCCCAAGAAAUCCCCUGUUGGGCACGUCAACCUCUCCGCUACGACCACCGGGAUCCCUCAGCAAUACAUGCUGCCGGUCGAGUACAACUACAUCAACAGUCACUGCUCAAAUUUCACUCCCUUCUUGCCCAUGAUGUCCGUUUCAUCGGCCUCCUCCGCAGAGUUCCUUUGGGGAUUCGGAGCGCAAGACUUGAUCAGACGAUCGCCGGCUAUUAGUUUUCCGAUGGACGGAGACGUUAGCGCGGCUAGGUACGGCCCAAUGGCGGAGGAAAUGAAGCCGGCGGUGGUGCCUUCAAGUGGUAUUCAUGAUCACGUGGCACACCAGUUGUUUGAGGAAAAUAACAACAAUAGGCAACGUGAUGAGCUUCCUCCACCUGCAGGGUUUUGGAGUGCCGUCAUGAACAACAAUGCAGCAGGAUCAUGGUAGAAACAGGAAGAAGAAGUACAGUUUGUCGACUAUGUAAUGCGUUUUGAUUAUUUACAAUAUACACUAUAUAUAUGAUAUGAUUACUCACUCUUUUUUUAAAAGUACUUGUUUUAAAUUUUUAUAGUAACUUGUUCAUGUUGUGUGGAUGUGGGGGAAUUGUAAGAUGAACAUGUGGUUCAUUAAGAACAUUGUAAGAAAAUUGGUUGUUUGAUAAUUAUAUCAAGAGAAUGAUAG